AUAAAAAUCAGUCCAUCUACGAUGCACUGGCACCUGAAGUUGCUCCUUCGGAACGGUUCAUGUUUCUACAUCUGUGUACAGACAUUACCGUCCAAGGACCUUCACAUUUUCGACGUAAGAGUUGAUUGCGCACACCUGUUCAAUUUGAGAGACUCGUGUAAAGGUUGGUUGACUUGAGAGCGUUCUCCAGCAAGUUGACGGAUUGAUUUACAAUGGAGACUCCCUUCCACUUGACCUCUGUUUUACUACAACUCUUGAUCAGCGGCCUUUCACUUGGAUCGUCCCCGACCACGUCAAAUCUAGCUGACGAGUUUGGCGAUUCCGUUUUAUACCAACAUGGCAGUAUCUUGUCACCCCUUCUGAAGGCGCUGACCGCACAGGGAGAUCCAUGGCGAUCCACCCCAGUAAUGAGACCCGAGUCGAGAUAUGUCCGAUACAUGAAACGACUGUACAGGAUAUCUUCAAGACAUGAGAGGAGUUCGGAAGGGAACAACCACUUGUACAACACAGUUCGACUUAUAACACCGCGGGAUGAGUGCCUGGAGCAAAGCAAAGAGUUCUUCAUGCAAGACCUCUCCUACAAUUUGGGCCGUGUCAGAGCCAAGGAGCAGCUCCUGAAGUCUGUCCUGCUGUACUCCUUCGACCAAGAGCAGGCCACGUUCAUGACUAACCAGUGUUACCAAGAUGUGAAAGAGAAGGAUACCCACAAUCAGUGUCCUCUCUGCCCAAGCACCCAUCACUCGGUUAACUUCCUGUUCCACACGGACCGCAGGAGGAAGUGGGUUGAGGUGGACAUCACAGCUUUCCUCCGCCCUCUCAUCCAGUCCCACAAGAAGGACAUUCACCUACUGCUCAACCUGACCUGUGUGGAGGGCAGAGGCAGGGAGGCUAAGGCUGGAGGAGAGGAGUGGAGCGGUAGGAGCCCCAUGGAGCUCCACCUAAGGUCUCCGUCCUUGCUGCUGUACCUCAACGACACCAGCGAGCUGGCUCACCAAAGAUGGCUGCCCACCACGUCACAAGGUCAUCCGAGGUCUGUCAAUGAGGUGGAAACCUUAGCGAGCCUGGCGGAGUUCAAACCAGAGCAAAGGAUCAUCCGGAGCGAGAGGAGGCGGCUGAGGAGAGAAUCUCCAUAUCUGUCGACGAACAACGCCAGAGACAAAACGAGCACGAAGACCUUCCUCCCGGACCUCCUCCCGAGUUCUGACUUCCCUACGAGCGACUGUGCCUUGUACGACUUCAGAGUGAGCUUCAGUGAGCUCAAACUGAGCCAUUGGAUCAUUUUCCCCCACAGGUACAACCCAAGGUACUGUAAAGGCACCUGUCCCAGGGCUGUGGGGUUCAUCUACGGCUCCCCCAGACACACCUUCUUCCAGAACAUGAUCUACUACAAACUGGACUCCUCUGUGCCAAGACCUUCCUGUGUUCCUUCAGAGUACAACCCCCUGAGUGUUUUAACCCUUGAAGCUGACUCCCUCGCCUACAAGGAGUUAGAUGAAAUGAUCGCUACGAGGUGCACAUGUCGCUAAAGGCCCACCUCCAGGGUCCGGCUCAAUUCCAUUUCAAUCUAAACUGAAAUUCCAAUUGUUCUAAAUACUUUUCAAUGUAAAAAAAUAAUAUAUAUAUACACACUCUUGCUCCAGCUGAUCUGGAAAGUGACUUGAUUGAAAUGGAAUUGACCCCGACCCUACCUACCUCCCUGCCUGAUGACGUUUUACCAGCCCCAACACUUUGACUGUUAACCUACCUUCUGCUUUGACUGCCGCUCGACUUAUUCCAUCCUCAAGCGCUUGACUUCAAUUACUUCCUCACAUUAAUUGGCUAUUGUAACAUCCUGGUCUUGUGACUUCAUGCCAAAACAUCCGUGUCUUUGUCAAAACAUCCGUGUCUUUGUCAAAACAUCCGUGUCUUUGUCAAAACAUCCGUGUCUUUGUCAAAACAUCCGUGUCUUUGUCAAAACAUCCGUGCCUUUGUCAAAACAUCAGUGCGUUGAGUUCGAUUUGAUCUAGAACAGAUGUAUUUACUCACUUGCCAAAGUAUUUUAUCUAAAUGGAAGAUAUGGCAUCAUUUUCUCUUUGUUUAUGUGAAGUGAUAGGAGGAAUGUUGUGAAGACGUCUUGUUUGUCAUCUGCUUUUGAAAUGUGUUGACAUGCAUGGAUUGAUAUUUUACAAAUUCAUUUGAUAUAAUUUAUUAUUAAUAUGAUUUAAGUUAUUUUUGUUAAUUUAUUUUGGGUGUUUUGUCAUUUCUUUCACACUAACUGGUAAAUUUUUAAGUACAUCUGUUCUGGACAAAAUAUUGUUUUAAAGUAGUCCUAUAUACUCGUAUCAAACACUUUCACGUUUCAUUUUAUUCCUGAGGAUUGCAGACGGUUGUUUUAUGGACAACCUCUCUUUUCAUACGGUCCAGAAUGUAAGUUAUCUUGUAUGGCCAACUUGAUGUUUCAGUGUGUCUUUAUUACCCUGGGUCAUGAAAUGACUGCAUACCUAUAUGAAUUUGUAUUGGCAAAUUUAACUAAAAUGCAUGUCGUCUAUUUAUGCAACAACAAAAAAAUAUUGUACAGUCUUGUUUGGCUCACUGAUUAUCACAAUGUUAAAUUUGAUAACUUAAAAUAUUAGUUUGAAAAAAAUAAAGAGUACACAAAGA